AACUGUGGCCGAUGGAGGCUUAGUAGCUUGCUCAGGGCCACCCGGCGAGGGUGUCCAAGGCGGGAUUUGAACUCUGGUUUUCCAGACUCGCAGCCCAGUACUUUGUCCAGUGCUCCUCCUAGCUGCUUUCUAGCCAUGGCUUCUUAAGCUGCGAUUAUUUCGGGGAGGGGCCCACAGGCUCCACCAGAUUGCCGGAGGGACCUGGGACACAAAGAGGCGAAUGAAACCCCUGCUGUGUGCGAGGCGCUGUGCUAGCCUUGGUUUAAAAGGCCAGACUGCCGAGGGGUCCGAGACACACGGAAGGUUGAGAGGCUGGGGCUGUCCCAACCCAGACUGGGGAUCAGAACCGAAUGCCGGCCUGGACGUGGUGACGGCAUUCCUCCCGUGUGUUCAGUGGACGAGCGCACCACAGAGGCUACUACUGCUCUCCUUGGAUCAUUCCAGUGCCCCCACUUUGGGAACCUCUAUCUUGGCUGGAGAGAGAUAGACUGCACUACAUCUUCCUACUCCACCCUCUUCACCAGUCUCUGCCACCAAAGAAAAACACAUACUAUGAAUGUGUGUAGUUGCCAACACAAGAGUGAAAAUGAGGCUACUAGUAACAGCACGUGAAUGCUUGAAGUUGUCAAAGUUCAACGUGCGAAUGUUGAGGAUUGACAGCAUGUCCUGAAAGAGUUUGUGGGAGGUCAGAAGAGAUUUUAACUGCCUUUGAAUGCAACUAUAGGUAUGGAGAAGAUUGAAGAAUAUUUUGCGAAUUUGUCCAUCGCUAAACGUUCGGCAGUGACUAAAGAGCCCACUUACCUUCUUGACAUAGACACUUCAAAAAAUGUACCGGAAGAAAAUGGAUGCAUAGUUGCUGUUUCAUGUUCCAAUGGAUCGGUUAGACUAUAUAAUAGAGAGACCUUAAGUUUGUUAAGGGAGCUUAAUGGACAGCCUGGACUGCUUAAAGGAGUCAAAUUUGCACAUUCCUGUUCCCAUGUAUUUUCAGCAUGCACUGAUGGCACUGUAAAAUGUUGGGAUAUGCGCUUAUCUGGCAAAACACCAGUACAGGUGUUUAAGGGUUAUCCUUCCAAUGUUUUCAUCAGUUUUGAUAUUAAUUGUAAUGAUCAUAUAAUUUGUGCUGGCACUGAAAAAGUUGGUGAUGAUACUUUGAUGGUAUUCUGGGAUGCGAGAGUUAGUUCUCAAACUACAUGCCCUGUAAAAGACCCACUAGGUGUUUAUUCAGAGACACACAGUGAUGAUAUAACCCAGGUAUGUUUUCAUCCUGACAACCCUAACAUGUUAGUCUCAGGAUCAACUGAUGGACUUGUGAAUGUUUUUGAUAUAAGCAUUGACAAUGAAGAAGAUGCCCUGAUUGCAACUUGUAACUCUGGUUCAUCAGUAAGUUAUGUUGGUUGGUCUGGGAAGGAAUACAAACAGAUUUACUGUAUGACACAUGAUGAAGGAUUUUGUUGGUGGGAUCUUGCCAAUUUAGAGACUGAUCAGCCAGUUACAUGUUUGAAUAUCCAGGAUGUGAGAGAAGUAAUUAAUGUACAAAAUGGAAAUCUGGAUUAUUUGGUUGGUGGCUUAUACCAUGAGAAAACAGACCAACUGUUGGUUGUUGGAGGUACAAAUACAGGAACUAUUCACUUAUUAAACUGUGGCUCUUCAGGACUGACGUACAUGAGAAGCCUUGAGGGAGGGCAUUCUGCCACAGUGCGUUCCUUCUGUUGGAGUGUACAGGAUGAUUCUUUACUAACUGGUGGAGAGGAUGCACAACUGUUACUCUGGAAACCUGGAGCUACUGAAAGGACUCUUGCAAAGAAGGAUAACAUGAAAAUAGCUUCUUCUGUGCAGAAACGUGUUAGAGUUCACAGUAAUGAUUCUUACAAAAGUAAGAAAAAGCAUAGUUGUUAAAAUUGUUUGAUCGUGCUUGGUCUUGUUUCAAUUAUUUUUGCAUAUACUAUUUCUACUAUAUAUUGCAGCCUUUAUGCAGCAAUGGACUGAUUUGUAAAUAAGCUUUUUGAAGUACAGAGAAAACUUUGAUUUAGAUAGAGCUUGAAAUGUCAUAAAAUGAAACACUUCUGAAUUCAAAAGAACAGUCUGAAUAUGAUUAAUUUUUAAAAACUUAUCAUUGCUAAAUUGAAAGAUGAUAUAUUUUUAAAUUAAAUUAAUUUUAAACCAAGCCUAUUUUUGAGUUAAGAAACUAAUGACAGUUUAUUGACUUGUUUCUAUACUCAGAAUUUUUCAAAGCUAAGGUUUUUUUUUUUAACAUCAGCUUUUUUUUUUAAGCCCCGAAUUAAAUUAUGCAUUGGGCAGCUACUGCUUAAUAUGAAUAUUUUGUUCUAUAUUAUUUACCUUGAUAGUUGUAUGUAACAAUCUAAAUAGAAUUGAAUUUUUUAAAAUAAAUGGUAAAUAUAUAUUUUUCAAAAUG